AUGAAGUCCGGCGUUCAAGACUUCCUCGGGCCCCUUUCCGUUGAUGAGGCAAAGGCGCAUGCGUUAUCACUUGAGUUCUACCGAACAUUUCAGGAUCUAUCUGCCAAUUCGUUGAACCAAUUCCUCCCGACCCCGAUAUCUGAGUCAGUAUUACGGCCCACCGCAGGUAGAGAAAAGGGACGUGGUGGUACUAACUUAAGGGUUGGCUUUAUUGAGCUACUCGGGAACGAAAAAGUCGUCGAUGGCGGUAGUACCAAUGGUGACUUGGAGACUUUAAACGGAGAACCGACGUCCAACAUCCGUCGAUUACUUGAGAAAUCAUGGCCAAUCUCAGAUGUACUUAAAAAUGAGAAUGCCGAUUCGCUGUUCAGGUGGAUCGGGGCUUGCAUUGCAGAAGUUGUACGGGAAGGCUGUCGGGAAUUUGACCUACCUCGCGACCAAGAACUUCCCAUGGGAGUCACAUUCAGUUUUCCAAUGGUGCAGGAGACCUUAGCCGACGCAACACUAAUGGCAAUGGGAAAAGGAUUCGCUAUCACCUCUAGGCUACAGCUUGGGACUCAUUUAGUCAAUGGAUACGAGAGGUCUAAGACUCCAGACUUACCUCCUAUCAAAGUUGCAGCCAUCCUAAACGACUCAGUUGCGACAUUGGUCUCCUUCAUAUACCAAUCUAAAGAAGAUGAAACCCAUAAGGCGGCAAUGGGACUUAUCUGCGGCACUGGUAGCAACGCAACGAUACCCCUUAAGAGGAGCACUCUCCACAAGGACAAGCAACCCGGAAAAGUUAAAGUCCUAGAUGAAAAUUCAAGCGUUGACAUGAAAAUCGCUGUUAAUACCGAAUGGAGUAUUAACGGAACAGCACCAGCCCUACGAAAGUUUGGCCUAAUCAGUCAAUGGGAUGCUCAGCUCGACUCUGAAGGCGAGGCGCCUGGGUUUCAGCCCCUUGAAUACAUGACGGCGGGUCGAUACUUGGGCGAGCUUGGACGACUAAUGCUACUAGACUACCUCGAGAACCACCUAAAUAUCCCUUCGGAUGCUUUGCCCACGCGGCUUUUAACACGCUUUGGCCUUACAACUACCUUUCUUAGUCAUUUCCGCCCUCCGGUUGCAGAAAUACUACUAGAGAAGCUGGAGGCCGAAUUUCCGGAAUCGACUGCUAAGGCACCUUUCCGGUGGACGGAAGAAAUCGCGGAUGUUUUACAUAGGAUAGCUAAGGCUAUUGAAGUUAGGGCUGCCGCUAUUGUUGCAGCAGCCAUAAUUGGAUUGCUUGCUUGUGCGGGAGAUAUUCCUAUUCGAAAGUCACUCCAAGAUAAGACCAACAGCCAUACCGUUAAGACGAAGCAACAACCCAAGGUAGAGUUGAUUGUUGGAUACACGGGUGGGUGCAUCGUCCAUUUUCAGGAUUACUUAGCAGACUGUCAAAAGUUUCUCGACUCGAUAAUCCAAGCCGAGUUUGGAGACGAUGCUCCUGUAAGUGUCGUCAUGAGCCCUUGUCACGACGGUGGAAUCACUGGGGCAGCUCUUUUGGGGGAUAGGCAUUCCCAAGAACCAAGUCCCAUCGCGAUUCCUCGCGGGGCAAAUGGCAAAAGCGUCAUCGCCGACGACGGCAGCGGGAGCGGGAGUGGGAGCGAAAAUGACCUAGACCCGAAUGAGUCGGACUUGCUGGUGGCGCGCAGCUUUACGUCGGGGGCGUCGGGUCUGGCGCCCGAAUCCUUCGAGUCGGCCAUGCUUCGGGGGCGUCGCCGAUCUAGGAGCACGAUGCGUCGCCGCCCUUCGAUUGCCCGCAGCGUUACGUCGCCGCCGCCGCGGCCUACGCUGGAUGAGCAGCAGCCUGACGAUUCGCUGUCGAAUGUUGUUAGCGACGAUGAGGCUGACCUCGAGGCUGCUGAUGUCCAGCUAAGGCCGGCGUAUUUGAUAGACACGGAUAAGAAGCGGUUUGGAAUCGUGUUCUUGAGUAUUAUGUUAACGCAUUUCAUUGCGUGUUUUGAUGGGACUAUUGUAAUGGCAUCCUCACACCCGGUUAUCACAAGUUACUUCCGCAGCUCUAAUAGCGCUAGCUGGUUGUCGACUGCAUUCCUCCUGACGAGCACGGCUUUCCAGCCCGUCAUUGGCCGCCUCUCUGAUACUAUCGGUAGAAAACCGCCUUACCUAGCUGCUGUGGUCAUCUUCGCACUCUCGACGCUGUGGUGUGCUCUUGCACAGAGCAUGACGAGCUUUAUCCUUGCGCGGGCUGCUUGCGGGCUCGGCGCUGGAGGUGUACUGGGAAUGGGAAGUAUUAUUAUAAGUGAUCUGGUGCCUAUCGAACGUCGAGGUUCAUAUCAGAGCUACGUCAACGUUGUUUAUGGGUUAGCUUCAGCCUUGGGAGCGGCUUUGGGAGGAUUCAUGGCAGACAGCCUCGGCUGGCGCUGGGAGUUCGGCAUCCAGGUCUUUCCUAUCAUUCUCUGCUUCGUGGUGGCUUUUUACGGCAUCCCCGAUGAUCUCGGCCUGCAGGAUAAACACCAGAGUUUUAAAGAGGGCAUGAAGACGUUCGAUUUCAAAGGAUCUAUCCUACUAACUACGUCUACUACGUUUUUGAUCUUGGGAAUAAACCUCGGAGGCAAUGUACUGCCAUGGUCGCAUCCGUUCAUAAUCGCUUCGCUCGUUAUCUUCAUCGUCUGCUUCCCGGCAUGCCUAUACGUAGAGUCAAAGCACGAACGACCUAUCAUGCCUUUAAUCCUCUUGAGUAAAUCCCCAAGGGCUAACAUUAUCUUCUCGAACUUCAUCGCCUCCUUCCUACUAAACGCCAUCUUGUUCAACACCCCCCUCUUCUUCCAAGCCGUCCUCCUCACCAGCGCCACCACAUCCGGGCUCUACCUCGUCGUCCCCGUCGCCACGGCCAGCACCACCGGCACGCUCACCGGCUUCCUAAUCUCGCACACCCGACGCCUCAAAUGGCCCAUAGUCCUCGGCUCGUUUCUAUACCUAGUCGGCACCGCGCUCCUAGCCUUCAUGCACCGCGGCUGGCCCAACUACGCGUACCUCCUGUGCCUAGUGCCCUCGUCCGCCGCCCAAGGGUUCCAGUUCCCAGGCACUUUUCUCGCCGUGCUCGCCGCCUCCGAGCACCGCGAGCAAGCGGUCGUAACGUCCACACUUGUUCUCUGGCGUGCCCUCGGCAGCGUCCUCGGCGUCGCCUUUUCGUCCCUCGUGCUCCAGAACGCGCUGGUGCGGUACCUGGCGGCGUUCGUCGUGCCGCCUGAGGGCCUGGGUCAGGAUUGGAAGGACGCGUUGAUAGAGAAGGUCCGCGAGAGCGUCGAGGCUGUUGCCGCGCUGCCGCCGGGCCCGGUGCGGGACCAGGUCGUUGCUAGUUACGAGGCGUCGAUCCGACUUACCUUCCUGUGUCUCGUGGGGUUCGCUGCUAUUAGUGCUUUAUUGGUUGUGCCCGUCAAGCUGCCGAGGCUUGCGGGGAGGAAGUAG